GUUGUUUAGUGAGCGAGUGAUCUAGACCAGUGCUACUGUGUUUGUGUGUGCGCGCGCGCGUAUACUCCUCCUGUUUUGGGGUACUUCUGCGUACAAAAUUUUAAUGCAUGAAAACUGAAACAUAUUAAUGUGACUCUGAAAAAAGAGGAAAUGAUAAAACUCCACUUUUUCCAUGUGUUUAGAAAAGAAGAAACUUCGGUAAUUCAUGAAAUCAUGUGAAAAGAAUGAAAAUACAACGAAGGAAAAACUGACAAACAUGAAGCGUAAAAGGCGAGGACACCAUGAUAAUGAUGAUAAACAAUAGAAAGAUGAAUGUUUACCAUGAGAGAGAGACAAAGAAAGAGAGAGAGGGAGAGAGAGAGAGAGAAAGAGUACAUUCGAUCCGUAGUGAUAACAGGUUUUAACCUCCUUUGAUGUAAACAAGGAUAAGUUGAUGUCGUCUGGUCUGACGAGGUGGGUAAUGUACUGUGUUACUGUGGAGGUCUGCGUAGCAAAACAGAAAGUCAGAAGAAAUUGAAGUUUUACGAAGUUGUCUGUGAAAUCCCGAGGAAAAAGUUUUGUGAAGAGUGCAAAUAUUCGUGUUGAAAGUGGGGAUUACUUUUGUAAGUGACCUAGAAAGACAAAGAAGACUGACUGUACGUUUGUUGUAUACAUUGUUUUAAUAUAUUCAUUCGAAGUAUAGGUGAUAUUCUUGUGCUUAAACCCCUCUCCUGUGGGCCUUCUUGUGUCCCAUAGUCAGACGAGUGCUUAGACCCUCUCUUUUGGGCCUUCUUGUGUCCCAUACCCAGACGAGUGCUUAAGUCUUCUUCUGUGGGCCUUCUUGUAUCCCAUAGUUAGACGAGUGUUUAAAUAUUCUGUGGGCCUUCUUGAUUACAUACCCAGACGUGUUUAAAUCCUCCUCUUGUGGGCCCUCUUGUGCUCCUUACUCAGGCGUGUGUUUAAGUCUCCUCCCGUGGGCCUUCUUAAGACCCAUACCCAAACGUCAUGACAACCAGGGCCCUCCAGAAAUGCUUGACCACCUUCGGAAGCUUCCUUCAACCUCCCUCGCCUUAAACCACUAACACUUUCAAUGGUGUGGGCCUUCGCCAAAGGCCUGGUCCUGUUAGUCAUCGUAGAAUACCGCGUUUACGUGCAAUUCCUGAAGGAGGCCCUGAACGUGCUCUUCGUGCUGGACUAUGCCAUGACCCGGUUCAUCACCCUGUGCCCCGAUACCAAAUUCCUGCAGGAAGACGACCGGUUUUCCCCGAGGGAGAAGAACUAGGGAGGACAAGGGUGGAGCUCGAGGAGGAGUUAGAACACCUCUCUGAAGGGGGGACGGAAGUGGGACUUCGAGGGGGACCUGUGUUGAUCGGUGACCCUUCAGGAGAGGAGAAAGAGGAAUUGUUGAAUGUCACAGACGGGUCAAGCGAAGGGCACCAAGAGGCAGCUGAAGGCCAAGUCCAAAAUGAGGGUGAGGGCGAAGAGGAAAACAGAGUAAGAGGAAAGGAGAGAGAACCGAUUGAAAAUGAGGAGAAAGAAGCGGAGGAGAGGGGCGAUGGAGUGGAGGAGGUGACCCUGAUGAUGAUGGCGAUGAUGAGGUCGAAUUUGGACGAAAGCAGAGAGAGUGAGGAGAGAGAGAGCGAGAGGGACGACAGUAUGGAGACUGCCAAUUCUCUCCCCUCCUCUUCCUCCGCCUCCUCCUCCUCCUUCCACUCCGUCAAGGAGGAUUCUCCUACUUCCUUGAACCCUGAAGAAGAAGAAGAAGAAGAAGAAGAAGAAGAAGAAGAAGAAGAAGAAGAAGAAGAAGAGACGGCAGGACAAAUAGGAAAUCUGAUCAAGGAUCUCUUCGGGGAAGGCUGGGGAGAGGAGGACGUCCUCAAUUAUUUGUCGCAGGAGGAGAUGAAGGAAAAUAGAUCGCCGGCGGAGAUCGAGUGGAUUUCCUUCCUCCACCAGUUGGAGGACGGAGCGAAAGGCGGAGAUGCUGAUGGUGGUGGAGAUAGGGAUGCUGAAUUUACAGGUGGGAGUGUUGAUGUUGGAGAAAGAGAUGCUGGAAACUCAAGUGAAGAUGUUAUUGUUGGUGACAGUGAUAUGAAAAGAAAGGGAGUGGAGAUGUUAUUGUUGGAGACAGUGAUACUGAAAAGAAAGGGAGUGGAGAUGUUAUUGUUGGAGACAGGGAAACUGAAAGGAGAGAAGGUGACGUUGAUGUUGGAGAUAUGGAAACUGCUAAGACAAUGGGAGACAUUCAUGUGGGAGAUAAGGGAACUGAAAUGAAAGAAGGUGAUGUUGAUGUUGGGGAUAUAGAAACUGAACAGAAAUGUGGAGAUAAUAUUGUUGGAGAUAGGGAAACUGAAAAGAUUAUUUAUGUGGGAGCUAUGGAAGCAGAUGAUUCUAUUGAUAUUAGUGAAGUGAAAACUGAAAAUAAAGCCAAUGAUGUUGUGGGUGAGAAAACUAUUGAGGUAAAUUGUGAUGUUGGUGUUGGAGAUGUUGGAGAAGGAGGUAAAGAUGCCGGAGAUGCGAAAACUGACCAGAGAUAUAACGAAAACACAGAAAUGGAAGGAAAGACCGGAAUGGACAAACCAGGAAGCAGUAGGACCCUUUCGAAAAGUUUUUCCUUAGAGACGGUCGACUGUGACUAUAUCGAUCAGACCGAAAGCGAGAGUGAGUCGACUGAGAAGACAGUGAUGGAAAGACUGAAUGAGGCCUCGUCGACGCAACACUCAAGUGAAUCGUUGUUGAAUGUAAACAAAAAUAUAGGUAUGAAUAGUUUAGGUGGGAGUGGUUUAAACGAAGAUGUUGGUGUGGAUAACCGUCACGGGAGUGACUUAAUUAUGAGGAAUGGACAGAAAUGUGAAGGAAAUAAAAGUCUGAAUAGAGAAAGCGCUCCUGGUGAGGACGAUAGGAGCGCAAAUAGAAAAAAUGAACAAGAUUCAAUGAACUUAGAAGGUUUACUGCAGUUACUCCUAAACGAAAGCCACUUCUUGGGGAGCGAUUGCAAAGAAACGAAGAAAAUGCCGAAGAGUUUGCAAAGAAUUCAGAAAGAGGAAGACAAGAUGAUGAAUUGGAAGGUCAUUGAGGGAAAAUGUAAUGAGAAUUUGACGGUUAUUAACGACAAUUUCGAGGAGAAUAUCCACGAUAAAGGUGCCAAAGAAAAUGCGAGAGUUUCCGACGCGAAACGAAAACGGAGUCUUAGUGUGCCAAAGGACGAGAAUAAUAGAAAACGUUUAGCCAGUGGAGGGGGAAACUACUCUAUCUUGGAUAAGGACACUACACGUGAUAAUAUUCCUUUAGAAAGUGGUAAUGUCAUUGAAUCAGACAACGACUCGGUCUUUGGCGACAGCGAGGACGAUAGUGACGACGAAAGUGAUGGCGAGAGAUACCCAGAUGUCACUAAAAAAAGGGUCAAGAUCGAAAGUUUUAGUUCUGCUGUGAGUAAUAUUCUGGAAGAAAUGGGUCCCAAUAAUACCAGUAUUGACACUGAUGACCUCACUGAUUAUGACGAGGAAAGCUCUGUUGAAGUCACAGGUGAAAAGCUUUGUGAUGAAGGUAGUAGCAGUCAAGAUCUCAUAGAAUGUUCAGGUAAACCGGCUGAGGAAAUGAAGGAUAGAGAUGAGGUUUUAGUUAGCCCUGUCAAUAGAGUAACCAGCAUCAAUAGGCCCAAACCCUCCGACCAACAGAAGCCUGGCACCAACAUCAAAGUUGAGAUGGACGCAAAUCUGAAAUGGAUUAGAGAAGUCCCUCCUCCAUUCGCAGGUCCAAAAUGUACUUGCGAGUCACCUGGUACCCCUCCAUGGAAACUGGCAUCUCAUUCUGGAAGCCAGGGGCACGAUGCCUCUUGUGAACUGACCCUCGAGUCUUCCUCAGAGCACGAGGUCGUCUCGGUCAAGUUGAGGAGACCCCGAUGCUCUUCCUUCAGCCCGGAAACGGCAUCUUCGCCAUACCAGAAACGGUACAGCCACUCGGAAUUGGGAUGUUCCAUGAGGAAACAGAGAGUUUAUGCCCGAGGCUGUCCCCUGAGGGGAGUGGCUGCAGUAAGGAGCAAAAGGACAAGAGGAGGCUAUUGAGAUCUCUCAGUUUUUUCUCUCGAAGCUCCCAGAGCAAUCUCUCAGUCACCAACGGCGUGCAGACUACUCCUUCACCCUCGGAUGCAUGCUCGAAAUCUCCCCAAAUUUUUGGCUCAAACUGCGGUACCUCUUUCACCACCCCGCGUCGA